AUCAAUCAACAACGCAAAUCUAGGGGCAGACGGAGAAAAGGACUGCAUCAUCUCAGCCCACCACAGCAGGCGCAGCAGAAACACCACGAGGAACUUCCCCUCCUUUGCGUCGAUCGUCGGCUGCGCCAAAGACUUGGCGCAGGUCAGACCUCUGAGCAGCCCACACGCACUGACGCACUUGGCACCCACGCCUACACCGUCUCUGUCUCCGUCUCCGAUUGUUGCUGCGUAGUGCACAACAACCCAGACUUGGCAACCACUACUCUUGGCAGACCCGACCGGGCCACUUUCUGCUCAGCCAUGACUUGAAGGAACACCAGUCGACCUGUUGCAUCGUCCCGCUCUUUCCUCCUCUUCCCCCCCCUUCUGUUUACACACGAUGCUGUUGCAUCUUCUCCCUGGCCUCGAAUCCUGCAGUCACCCACGACAACAAAUCAUCCCACGCUAGGCUCCAAUCUGCCCAUAUCUGCCAUACUUGCCAUACCUGCCAUACCUUAAUCCUAGAGUUACAAUACCACACGUCUCGGUCGAGCAUCACCGCCAGCCUCUUUGCGCAACGACAACGAUCUUGGCACCCACCUGCCGUUGGGCGAUUCUGGUGCUGUCCCCGACUGCUGCGCCCAUCUCGUCCCGUCGUCCUCCCACGCCGAGCCCGUCCACACUCGACUGCCUGUCCUACCCGAUCACAAUCGGCGCAAAACACUGGGUCCCUCCCUCAGAAUGUCUCAUCCGCACAAAGUAAUGUCUAUGGAGGCGGCGCUGGAGGAGGAGAGGCGCGAGGUCGAGGCCCUCAUCGCCGCUAGGAACCGUCCCCGCCCUCCCAGCGCUCUCAGCGGCGUCCGCUCCUCCUCUCCUUUUACUCCUCGCUCCCCCGUCAGGAGCAUGCUUGAUAUCGGCCCCAUGAAGAGCAUGCUGGACGUAGACGGUCCACCUUCCGCCCCCCGCAGGAGCAUGCUCGAUAUGGACAGCCCUCCAGCGUCUGCUUCCUCUGGCAAACAAGUCUUCAGCACCCCGUCCUCGCCCGUCCUGGCUUCCAACCAGCUGGCCCGCGCCGCCAACUCCUCCCACCCCAGGCACAUGUCCGAUGUGUCCUCCAAGCCCGUCGGCUUUGGCCCGCGAUCAUCAGACGGCAUCCGCGACCUCACUUCCGAGUACCAGUUCUCCGACAUCAUCACGAGCAACACUGGCCAUGCGGCCCUGCCAAAGCGGGUGUCACAGGGCAACAAGAAGACGCCCCAGCCCCCCUCCGCCAUGUCACACCUUGUACGGGGCGGUGAUGUCAGCAGGAUACCCCUCCCCGGCGACACAAGGGGUCGCCACUCCAUCGCAGGGCCUGGCAUGCGGAUAGGCAGCAAGUCGCGCUCCCCCCACUCCCGCCUGGGCAUGCGGUCAAGCUCGCCUGCCACGAACCUCCUGUCAGGCAGGCACCUUAGCCCGGCCGGGAGGGCCUUCGUGGAGGAAACAUACGGCGUGGACAUGAGCAACGCAUACCGGAGGCUCUCAGAUGCAAAUCUCCUCCGCUCUGGCGGGACCCUUGCUGAGAUUGGCCGCAAGAAGAAGAGCGAGGACAACCCGGACGGCGGCAGGCUGGCGAAGGACUACCUCACCCCCGACGGCGACGACCUGUACGACGAUAGCAGCGAUGAUCAGGAUGAUGCCAACACCGAGGAAGGAGAGCGUGGGCGCAAGGCGGCUAGGAGCUUCGAAUCGCUUGGCGGCCCGGACAAGGCAGGGGCGACGGACAGGGCAGCGCUCAGCUUGCUAGCAGCUGCUGAGGAAGAACGCAUCGAGGUUGCGAAGAACCCGCAAGUCAAGUACCAAUACCGUUCGCUCUUGGACGAGCCCCAGAUCACGGUUACCGGCCCUUCUGGGCAGAACGAGAAGUCAAAGUCCUCCAAGGCGUCCGCGAUACAUCCUGCUACCAGCUUCGACGAUGGCCCGCCCUCCGGAGCAAGGACGCCUAUGGACUCGGACACCGAAGCUGAUUUGACGGACAUCAGGCGCGCACAGAAGCUGUCACUCUUCCAGACUCCCAUCAAGGACACACCCAACGCCGCUCGGGCUCUCCGCAUCAUCUACCGUGGUGACUGGCGCAAGGUUGCCCAGGAGGCCAAGGAGGAGCAGAGAACCCUGCGCAAGUACAUUGUUGCCUCCGACCUCAGCGACGAGUCAACGCACGCCCUCGAGUGGGCCGUUGGUACAGUCCUCCGGGACGGCGACACCAUGAUCUGCCUCUACUGCGUCGACGAGGAGGCCGGCAUCGCCGGUGCUGACGACGCGAAGUCGGUCAAGGAUCAAGGUGCUGCGCUGAACGUGGUUGCCGAUAGCAAGGCCCCCGUCACGCCCGGUGGAAGCGUCUUGGAGCUGCAAAAAGCCGAUCAGAGCUCGGAGUCCUUGGCAACGCCCAUCAAGUCAAAAGCCGAGGAAGAGCGGCACAUGGCUGUUCAGGACAUCACCGACAGGGUGGAGAAGCUUCUCCGGAAGACAAAACUGCAGGUCCGUGUCAUCGUGGAGGUCUUGCACUGCAAAAACCCGAAGCACCAGAUUCUGGAGAUCAUCGACGUCGUCAGCCCUACCUUGGUCGUCCUCGGGAGCAGGGGGCAAAGCGCACUCAAGGGCGUAAUUCUUGGCUCCUUCUCUAACUACCUUGUGACCAAGAGCUCUGUCCCAGUUAUGGUCGCGCGUAAGAAGCUUCGUAAACAGUCUAAAUACAAGAAGCUCUCGAUGACGCAGGUCAACAACAUCAGCAGUCCCAUGGCCAGGACCCUCGCAAACGCAAAGAUCGACUAGAAGCCUCAAUUAAGGGGGGGUCUUGCUGAAAGCUCUGACCCGGGACGCACGCGUCACGUCAGAUUUAAGGAGCCAGAGCCGGACCCCAGACAUGGGCCCCCGAAACGGGGUAUACGACUAAUACGGGACGUGGUUGUCGACGUCGUUAAAGUCCGCCAUGCUCGCUUCCUAGUGGCAGGCUGGGUCUAUCAGCGAAGAUUAGACCGUGACGACUCGGCCAGGCGGAUCCAGAACGCCGAGCGGAUGAACACCAAGCUCAACGCCCUCAGGGGCGUGCGCGACAUGGGGGGCGCGGGGUACCAGCAGUUUCUCGACCGCACGCCUCCGGAGGACCCGGGGCCGUCGGAGGAGGGGCAGGGCCGCUGGCGGGACAGCAGGGUCGCGAGGCGCCUGCGCAAGGAGAAGGAGAGCCUUUCCCGCACCCCGGCCCCGGGGCUGCUUCCGGGGAAGUAUCAGCGCUGAAGAAAAGGGGGUGAUAUCAAGUGACCGGAUGGGGCUCCUCCACAUCUUCGGAAUCGUGUUUGGUCGGUCAUGGUCGGUCUAACGUGAUGGUGGGGUUUGGUUUAGCGUGGAUAUGGCCUUGUUUUUCGGGGUUUUAAUACAUGACACAGCGAGUACAUCGAUACCUCAGCUAUAGUGAUGACACACAGCGAGAACAUUGAUACCUCAGCUUAGUGUAUGUAAUACAAGUGUUUCUUGUCUUGG